CUGGAAACAACUACCUUCAGAAAUCUUGUUCACAACUUAAGUGAGGUGAGAGAACUUGUGCUUAGUGGAGUGAACAUGACAUCUGCUAAUCCUCGUUUCUUCAUGAAUCUCUCUUCUUCUUUGACUACUCUUGAUCUUCAGGAGAGUUUGUUAAGAGGAAACUUUCCGAACAGUAUUUUCCGCUUUCCAAAUCUCAAGACAUUUUAUUUAGGUGGAAAAGAAAACCUCACUGUUGAUCUUCGAACUUCCAAUUGGAGCAGUCCUCUCGAAAAUUUGCAUUUAAGGGGUGUGGAUUGCGGAAGGCGAUUGCCAGAGUCUAUAGGAGAUCUGAAGUCAUUACAGAAUCUAAGUCUUAGCUGCAACUUGGAAGGUUCCAUUCCAACUUCCAUAGGGAACUUAUCCCAACUUACUUCCCUAGACCUCUAUUCUAACAAUCUUAGCGGACAAAUCCCAUCAUCACUUGCAAAUCUCACACAACUUACCACUCUUGGCCUUUCCGAAAAUCAAUUUUCUGGUCCCAUUCCAGCUUCCAUAGGGAACUUAUCCCAACUUACGUCCCUAUACGUCUAUUCUAACAAUCUUAGCGGACAAAUCCCAUCAUCACUUGCAAACCUCACACAACUUACUGAUUUUGACCUCUCCAAUAAUCAGUUUUCUGGUCCCAUUCCAGCUUUCCUAGGGAACCUAUCCCAACUUACUUGGCUAAGACUCUCUUCUAACAAUCUUAGCGGACAAAUCCCAUCAUCACUUGCAAACCUCACACAACUUUACUUUCUUGACCUUUCACACAAUCAGUUUUCUGGUCCCAUUCCCUUUCAUGCAAGGUGUCGGCUUGGUGGUCUGAGUACUGAUCUUCGGAGGCAUUCAGGCCUUCCUGAUGUGAAUUUUCCAUUUCUUUAUUGGUUGAAUCUUUAUUGUUCAUUAUAUUGUGACUGUAUUAAAGUCUCCCCAGCAAAGCAACCAGUCCCACUGCCUGGAAGCGUCCAUAUGUCAUAGUGGUGUUGGUUAUUUGCCUAAGGCUUGGAUGUGAUUAUGUGAGGGAUCUAAAACUUUGUUGGGAGUCUACAACCCGUCUUUCUCUUCCCUCACUAUAUUGUCUAAGAUUUUUCAUUUUGAUUGGUUAACUUCUGGCCAAGUUUGCAGUUGAAUUUAGCUGCUGAUAUUCAGUUAGGACAUUUUGACAUCUUAUUUCCUUUUGGUGGUUGGUCCUUAUUUAUUUUUUUCGGCCAGGUGGAUGGUUCUAUUUUUCCAUGUUACUGAUUUCAAUGUCUGCUUUCUCUUUUAAUGUCUGCAACGGUUGGUAGACUUUUUAUGAUUUUUCACAGCUGUGGAUAAUCUCCUCUUCAAAUUAAAUAACUUUCUCUGACAGGUCCCAUUUUUGUUUGUCUACAUCUGUUUUCAUAAAUAUGCUGCAUGUGUAGUUCAUUGAAUUUUAAAAUAUAUUGGAUCUUAUUGCCUACGCAUGGAGGGAAAAGGAACAAAAUUAUUUUAAAAUGACUGGAAGAUAUUAAUCUGACAAAAGCGUUAGGCUAUUAUUUCUUUCAUUAUGUUUAGUUUAAAUUUCCUUUCUACACCAUCUUUUGCAAUGUCUGGCACCGAUCGAAUCUGAUUUUAUUUUUAAACAGAUAUAGUUUUGUAUUCCUCAGCAUUUGCAACCCUUGACACCUGUGCUGAAGUAUUUAGAAUCAGGAAAUGGUUAAAAGGUUUGUUCUAACAUUUGCCUUUGCAUCAAUACUUCAGAUCAUAAGAUUGUCUGUGUCUAUAGAAUUUCUGAUCCGUUUCUUUGCUUCAAAGGUAUGGAGCGUUUUGAUGUGCAGGAAAUAUCAUGUUGCAGUGCAUAGAGGGAAUCAAGCGUUUAUUUGCUUCCCUACUGCGUUGCUGUGAUAUUGGUUUGUAUAAACAAUCAA